AUGGCAAAGAAAGGAGGUGAAAACCUGAAGAAAGCUGCUGGUAAUGCCAGAAAAGCAGAUCAAGCUAAUAAGAAGAAACAAGAAGCUUUUGCUGCUGCCGAGGCUGAAGAAGCUUCCAAAUGGGAUCAAGGUUCAAAGAAAGGUAAUAAGAAGAAAGAAGAUGAACAAUUCAAGAAGGAAGAAGCUGCUAGAAAGAAAGCUGAAAGAGAAGCUUUAUUAAAAGCCGAAGAAGAAUCCAUGCCAUCAAAACCUGCUAAUAACAAGAAGAGAGGUGCUGAAAAGAUAGCAGCUAAAAGAACAGGUAAAAUUGAUGAUUUCCUCGAUUUUAAUAGUGAAAAACCUGAAUUGAAAGCUUCUGGUAUUGACAAUGCUUUGGAAGCUUUAACUUUAGCUACUCAACAAGAUGGUGGUAUUCAACAUAAAGAUUUCGAUAAACAUCCUGAAAGAAGAGUUAAAGCAGCUUAUUUGGAAUUUGAAAACAGAAGAUUACCUGAAGUUAGAAAAGAAAAUCCUGGUUUAAGAUUACAACAAAUCAAGAAUUUAUUACACAAAGAAUUCACCAAAUCACCAGAAAAUCCAAUGAAUCAAGAUACUAAUGUUUCUUACAAUACAAGUGCUAAAGAAAUAGCUGAAAAGAAGAAGGAAGUUAAAGAACAAAGAGAGAAGAAGUUUACAUAA